GCUCCCCACAAUUUCGCUCUAUUUUUUAAAACUAUAGUUUCAACGCCUACUUGAGCUCGCUGCACCCCUUGCUAUUGCCCGCCUCCACUGCAGGGGGCGCUGCAGGGAGAGAGAGGGGGGGGGGAGACGGGCUUUCUUCUUUCUCCCCCCUCCUAGGCAGGCGCGCGGCUCAGCAUACAGACUUGCCUCUCAGGGAGGAAGCUGGCGAUAGAGGCUUCCGGUCCGAUCGGCCGCUGGAUCUCUGACAGGAGGCUCAGUUUGGAAGCCGGCAGUGAUCGCGGAGGGGAAUCGCUUUCUUUCCCGUUAUGGCGGCUCGGCUGAGCCUUCCCGUCGCGGGGCCCGCGGGCGCCUGAGGGACGCGUAAGCCCCGCCGCCUCCGCCAUGGCCGGCGAGGAGCCGCAGAAGUUCCUGGCCCCCGACGAGCCCAGCGCCCUCCUCUUCUCCGCGCCGCCCCGCGCGCACGGCGCUGGCGGCGGCCUCGGCUUGUGCGAUGAGGGGUCCGCCUGCCUGGACGUCAGCGACUUCGGCUGCCACCUCUCCUCCUGCCACCGCACGGACCCUCUGCGCCGCCUCCACGCCCACAGGCGAGAACGGGGGGUGGAGUGGGGGGGGCGAAGGGUGUGGGGGGAGUGUGUCUCAGGUGGUCUUGUGGGCCCCCGAUGGAGCGGCGCCCCAUCCCCCGCCUACCUCGCAGGGUUGUUGUGGAGGCUGGGAAGAAAGGGAACGGGAGAGCCGUGGGAGUUCAAAGGGUCGUCGACAUGGGUGUGAGGUGCUGCGGAUCGUCCUCGCCCCGAAUAGUUUCUCCCUCCCCCCCCCCCACCAGCUUUAAAAGCCUCUUAACUGCGUGGGAAGCUGUGGGGGAAAGGUAGACGUUUCCUUGUGGGAAGCCCGAAUGCCUAUUGUAACACCUUACCUAUCUGGAAGAAUGAAUCGAGGGGGUUAUCUUUUCAUAUCUUCUUCUGCUUCAACAUCUAAAGGGCCUCCAUAAUAAUAAUAAAAAAAUUCUUUUGUAGUAUUUAAUAAUGCAACAUUUUUAGUAGAAGCCCCUAUUUUUGUUUUUAUUGAUUUCCCAUUGGGAAGAGUGCAGGUAAGAGAAUUCUCUCCACGAGGUAUUUGAAUCCUGCACCCCAAAAGUAUCAGAGCAACACUAAUGGCGAGAGGCAGUGUGUGUGUGUGGGGGGGGGGAAUUGGUACCAGUCGCAUACGCAUUGUGCAUUGAAAAGCACAUGGUGUUUGGGUACAAGGAGGCUAAGAAGACUGCUGGGGGUGAGGGGACUGUAUGGACUUUUAAAAAACGUUUUCUUAAUAAAACUAAGAAGAGAUGGGACUAAAUACUAACAUAUUGGCUUCAAUACACUGAUGUGGUUGAGGCUGAGUAGAAGCUAGGUAGGUUUGCCACUUCUUUUUUUAAUAACCUGCUUGGCAUGCAGAAAAUUAAUAGGCAGAGCCGUUCCCAUUGCUGAUAUAUCUGUACCAGGGAAGGUGUCACUUGUUCAGUUUUUUUAUUUGCAGUACUGCUGUUCAGGGUAGAGGAGCAGGGUCAGAAGAGAAGGUGGCAACCCUUUCAGUGGGUAGAGAUGGCAGCUUCUUUUCUAGCAGAGCUCCUGUGCCCUUAACAUAUUCCCACGGAAGCCUUUUACACUGUUAAUAUUUGCACACUAAGCAAGUUUCUGUGCCAUUAAUAUGUUUCCUGAAAAGCAGAAAUUCAAGAAGUUCAUUUCUUUUUUUGUAGCAGAGUGAAGCCUGCCCUGUCUUGUAUCUGCCUGUCAUGUAUAGGUGAAACUUGAAAAAUUAGAAUAUCAUGGAAAAGUUCAUUUAUUUCAGUAAUUCAACUUUAAAAGUGAAACUAAUAUAGGAGAUAGACUCAUGACAUGCAAAGCGAGAUAUGUCAAGCCUUUAUUUGUUAUAAUUGUGAUGAUCAUGGCAUACAGCUGAUGAAAACCCCAAAUUAACAAUCUCAGAAAAUUAGACUAUUAAAUGAAAUCAGCAAAACAAGGAUUGCAAAUAGAGCAAUAUUGGACUUCUGAGAAGCAAAAGCAUGCAUAUAUACUGAGUACUUGGUUUGGGCCCCUUUUGCAUCCAUUACUGCCUCAAUGCGGCGUGGCAAUAACAGAUUGCCCAUGGGAUUACUGAACCAGGUUUUGGUACUUUUGGCAGUGUGGGCAGGUGCCAAAGUCCUGCUGGAAAAUAAAGUUAGCAUCCCCAUAAAGCUCAUCUGCAGAAGAAAGCAUGAAGUGCUCCAAAAUCUCCUGCCAAAAGUACCAAAACCUGGUUCAAUGUGCAUGGGAUUACUGUGCUUGAUUGGCCAGCAAACUCGCCUGACCUGAACCCUAUAGAGAAUCUAUGGGGCAUUGCCAAGAGAAAGAUGAGAGACAUGAGACCGAGCAAUCCAGAAGAGCUGAAGGCUGUUAUUGAAGCAUCCUGGUCUUCCAUAACACCUCAGCAGUGCCACAGGCUGAUAGCAUCCAUGCCACGCUGCAUUGAGGCAUUUAAUUUUCUGAUAUUGUUAAUUUGGGGUUUUCAUCAGCUGUAUGCCAUGAUCAUCACAAUUAUAACAAAUAUUUUUUUUUUUUUUAAAUCAUAUUUAUUGAAGUUUCCAAAAAUAUAAAAGUACAAAGAAAAAAGAUAAAAGAAAGAAGAUAUUUAAAAACCUUACUUUCAUUCCCUACUUUCUGGAACUCCCCCCCCCCCGGUUGUAUUCCCCUUUCCUUAAUUUGGUUCUACAAGCUCUCACUCCCAAAUUUAAAGCUUAAUUUGUUUAACCCACUAUCCAAUUUGAAUUGUACAAAUCUUACCACCGUCCCACAUCAUUAACAGAAAAAGAAAAAGAUUUUCCCCAAGAUCCACCCCAGUUCCUUCCACAAAUUCCCUUUUUUUUAAACACGUCCGAUCAAAGUAAAAUAACAUGCGUAAGUUAUGUAAAGAAAUAGAAAAUAAAAGAUAUAGAAAAGUUCAAAAAAUGGUUACACAGCCUUUGGAUUUCAAAUCUCCCCCCCCCCUUCCCCGGUUUGAAUUCCCCAUGUCCAUCAGUCUAUACAUUAUCAGCUUGGAAAUCUCAUUUCAUAACCAAAUUUCUCCCCGAUUCCAUCUUGCCAGUUUUCUUUUAGUUUAUUAAUUUAAAUAAUAUUUGACUUCAAAUGUCCAAUCUAACAAAGGCCUUUAAUUUCCUUGAUCUUUACCACUCCUCCCGUUGUUCUUUCCGUGUCGUAAUCAGUCCUUUAUUCUUCUUAUUCCUCACUUUCUCAGGUUUCUUGUCCUGUUCAGCUGCUAAAACUUUCUAAUUCAGAAAUCUAGUGUCUCUGCAGAGGUUUGUUAUUCAGGAACAAAACUUACGUCCAGUCCCUUUCUUUCUUCAAUAAAAAAUUCCAUUGUCUUCCUCUGUAGACAAAAUACUCUUUCAGUUUUGCAGCUUUCCCAGAAGAUAACAAAUCCUGUGCGAAUCCCAGGGUAUUUUUCCACUUACGACCGUUCUUGUAGUAUCCUGAAACCCCUCUAGGGGUUUGUAAUAACUUUGUAUCCUCUAAUCCAAAAGUCAAAUUGUUGCUUAUUUUCCAACAGUUUAUAUCCAUAUUAUAGCAAAUUGUAGCAAAAUUUACCAGCAAAGUCCUCAUAAAGUCCUCUUUAUAUUCUCCAGCUUUGACAGCCACUUUGACAGCUGUCAAAGUCUCCGUCUCUCUUCACCAGGCUCCACGAAUCGCCCCGGUUCCCAGGGGGGGGGUUGCAUUUUUCUUCUCAUCCUCCACUCUUCUCCUCCAGCACAUUUCUUAUAAUUUCCCAUCGUGGAAUUAAUGAUUUUUAUCAGAAACAUACUUCCCUUUGGACCUUGGUUGCCCAGUCCUUGUUUUGGAAUGCUUACAAUAGGGGGGGGGAUUGACUUCCUUUUUAAAUCGCCCCCGCUCGUGCCAAAUCCAAAAUCCAAAAUUUUAAACCCGGUUUCCCAAUUACUCACGGGUUGUUGUUAAAAGUCCAAAUUUUCAAUAGAAGAAGUCAGCGCUCUCCGUCGAAUGGCAUGCGGCUGCGCUCGGCAGGGAAAGCAGUGGACUCAAAGCACCACGCCACUCCCGGCACCCGAUCCGAAGCCUUUAAAAAGGCUCCUUCACGAGUCGGGAGGGCGCUAAUGGUGCAAGCCGAGUCACCCAUGUCCACGGACUCCGUGCCCGUGGUUUUUAAGGGUCCCCGCGUCGCCGGCGCGGUAGGACCCAGCCCCUGCCGAGCAGACUCCCUCCGGAGCUCGGAGGGAGUCCGCCAUUCGGCGAUGGCGCUAACCCGGAAGCUCCACAAUUAUAACAAAUAAAGGCUUGACAUAUCUCGCUUUGCAUGUCAUGAGUCUAUCUCCUAUAUUAGUUUCACCUUUUAAGUUGAAUUACUGAAAUAAAUGAACUUUUCCAUGAUAUUCUAAUUUUUUGAGUUCCACCUGUAGGUACAGAACCCCUGAUAGAGAAAAUAAACAAUGGUAAACUUCAGAAGGGUUCAUGGUGGUCAUAGAAAUCAGUGGGACAUUAUUCCUGCUUUUUUGCCUGUUGGAUCCCUGAAGCAGUUUGAAAUACACAAAUUGCAAGAUAAAUACUUAUAACAAUAAAGCAUUAUACAAUACUCGGGAAUUUGCUUGGAGGGGGGGUUGUUCUUGAUUUUUUUUUUUUGUAUCUUUAUUUUAGGUCUGAUUAUGAUUUAUGUGGAAAUUUUUCAAUUUGGUCAUGUAAUUUUGAUGUUUUAUUGUUUAUGACUACUUUUCUUUGUAGUUGAGCAUUCCCCCCCCCCCCCCCCAUUUUGCAAGCCGCUAUGAGCAUGGUUUGAAUUAUGGAAAGGCUGCAUACAUAUAAAAUGGUGUAUGAAUGUAAACAAUUUCAAUUUACAGUUAUUAACACAUCUGGAUGCAGCAGCAUAUUGAAACCUAAAGUUUUGUCUGUGAAGUUCAUUUGAAAAAGAGGUGCAUUUACUUCUUUUCUGAAGCCUGGAAAGCUGCUAAGCUUGUGGACUUCUGAUGGGAUAAUGGAGUUUAUAGAUGGGGUACCAUUGCUUAAGAAAUAUUAACUAGAGGUCUAACUUAGGGCUUAUUUUGUCAUUCUUCGAGGCCAUUGUCUGGCUCACUGUGAGCUGAACAUGAACAAUCCCUAAUCUGCCAUGUACCCUUUGUUGCCCCAUAACUGGUGCAUAUUUUGAAUGGCUGCUUUGAAGCUUGAUGCAAGACAUGGGGGGACAGAUACCUGUCAAAAGCUGUUCAUCCUGGUGCUUACGUUAGUUGGCUUUUAAUUCCAAGUAAGCUAGCAACAUUGAAUGUUACUGAAAUACUAAGGUCAAAUGUGACUGCCAUUCUGUUUUGCAGGUGGAACUUGACUUCAUGUGGCACGAGUGUAGCCAGCUCUGAAUGCAGCGAAGAACUGUUUUCGUCUGUCUCUGUCGGUGACCAGGAUGACUGCUUCUCACUUUUGGAUGAUCAGGACCUGACAUCUUUUGAUUUGUUCCCGGAGGGUAGUGUCUGCAGCGAUGUCUCUUCUUCCAUUAGUACAUAUUGGGACUGGUCAGACAGUGAAUUUGAAUGGCAGGUAAAAAUGCUUUUAUAGGCUGUCCCAUGCAUUAAUAAACUGCCGUGGUCUGUAUAACAACAUUGAAAGCACUGUGUUUCCAGCUAGACAGUAGCCAUAAGUCAAUGCUACUUUUCCUAACACAGUUGGCUCCCAUGUAGGUGUGUUUAGGAUUGAAGCCUUAAUUUUCCGUAUCUAAUUCUAGUGUUUUAGUUUGUUGCUGAAUGUUGGACUGCAUUGCUUCAUUUCUGAAAUUGAUCGGAUAUAUGUAUUUUUUUGUCUAUAAGUUGCCUGGCAGUGACAUUGCAAGUGGAAGUGAUGUGCUUUCUGACAUCAUACCCAGUAUAUCAAGCUCUCCCUGCAUGCUCCCAAAAAAGAAAAACAAGCACAGGAAUCUUGAUGAGCUUCCAUGGAGUGCAAUGACUAACGAUGAACAGGUAAAACCUUUUUGCAUUUGGAGACUACAUGCUUGUAAACAAAUUUUUAAGGGCUAAAUUAUUCAUAGCAGAUAAAACUCUGGUUUGCAACAGUAAGUGCUAAUUCUCUUAAUUAUAUAGAGGAGGUUAAUUUCUCAAGUUUUAUUUUUCUCUGAUGUUAUUCAAGGUAUCUUGAAUUGUGAAAGAGCUGACAUUUAUACCCUGCCUCCAUCUAAUAAAAAUGUUUUAAAAGCCCCCCAAAGGCCAUCCAUAAUAGACUAAAUAGAGGAUAAAGCAUAACUAGCAGAUAGCAACUGGUAGGAAAGGAUUGGGAAGGAUAGACAGUAAGGCUUGGCUUGUUGUCUAAUGAGAGCAGAGAUGAUACUACCCAGAUUUCUCUGAGGAGGGCAAUCCAAAGGCAGGAGGCUUCAGCCAAGAAAUCCCUGUCCUCCUCUCACAACACGUCUCUCUUUGAAUGUGGAAUUCUCAGUGAGCAUCACUGGUAACUAACUACCUGUUCCAAUGUUUUCUUAGGUGGAAUAUAUUGAAUAUCUGAGUCGUAAAGUCAGCAUGGAGAUGGGGCUUCGAGAGCAGCUUGACAUCAUUAAAAUUAUUGAUCCCACAGCUCAGAUUUCUCCUACAGACAAUGAGUUUAUUAUCGAACUAAAUUGCCUCACUGAUGAAAAGCUGAAACAGGUAUGUGAAACCGAACUUGAGAUUCUUUUUAAACCAACUGCUUGUCUUCCUCUGGUAUGCAUGAUCUUGCUGCAUACUUCUAUAAACAGUAACAAUUAGUUGUUAAUUUAAGGGCAACUGAAAGACUUAAUGCAUUUUAUUUUGGAAUGAGCUGUCAUAAGGUAGAGACCUCUUUGUUGGGCCCCUCAAGAGUAAGAAUACAUACUUCUACAGUUGUGUCAGGGUUGUUCCAUCCCUUUCGUUCUCCAUCAGAUUUUUUUUGUUACUCAUAUGUGUUUACUUGAAAACAUUUCCACCACACCUUACUUAAUAAAGAGAUACUUACUGAAGGUAGUGGCCUGCGGAUAUCAUCGUCUAUCAGCAUACUCUCUGGAGAUGGGGAUCCUUGAAUAUCCUGGUCCCAGGCUACUUAGGGCUUUAAAGUAUAUUGAAAAGGAGGGAAAGUCAUUGGUGUUGAGCAUCUACUCUUGGGUUUUUCUUUCUUUCUGCAGCAGAGUUCCUUUUACAGAAAAGUUUUCCUGCAUCUUUUACUUCUUUACAGCAGCAGCAUUGCAGCUCUUAGUGAAAUUCCCGUUACAGGAAUAAACACCAUUUGGUUCUGUUUCUCAGAGCCUUUAUUGUUUACAAAACUUUACACUGGUCAUUUAAUAAAGAAAACAAACAAAGCAACAAAAUAUUUUUCUCUUUUAGCUAUCCGGCCAGAGACCUAAUGCUCACUCCUUCACAUGCUCAUUUACACUGACCCAGACUUAGUUGAACACCUUUUGCUGGGGAAAUUUUCUGUUGCCUAGCAACCUGUUCAAGACUAUUUUCAAAAGUUUCUUCUAGAAUAUUUCAGCAACUGGACCUGGUAAAGCACCUGUGUGUCUAGUAGGGUUCCCCCUGCAGUUGCUUUUAAAACCAACUGAAGUUUCUGAACAAUCUUCAUACAGCAUCGUGUGGACCAUACAGAACUAAUUCAGGCCCCAUCUGCAGUAGAUAUUCAAAGCAGUACCAUACCACUUUAAACAGUCAUGACUUUUCCCCAAAGAAUCCUGGGAACUCUGGGGUGUUGUUUUUUAAUGGUGCCGAGAAUUAUUUGGGGAUUCCUGUUCCCCUCAUAGAGCUGCAAUUCCCAGACUUUCUUGGGGAGAGAGAUUGGUUGCUUAACCACCUAGGAAUUUUAGUUCUGUGAGGGGAACAGUAGUUUUCCUAAUAAUUCUCAGCAUCGUUAACUAACCACAGUGCUCAGGAUUUUUUGGCCAUAAGCCAUGAUUAAAUUGGUAUAAUAGUGCUUUGGAUCGAAACAAAAUAAAAUAAAAAAUCCUUUCAGUAGCACCAUAGAAACCAACUAAGUUUGUUAUUGUUAUGAGCUUUCGUGUGCAUGCACACUUCAGCCCAUACCAAUAAUAAACUUAGUUGGUCUCUAAGGUGCUACUGGAAGGAAUUUUUUUAUUUUGUUUCGACUACGGCAGACCAACACAGCUACCUACCUGUAACUAGUGCUUUGGAUGUUAUUGUGUGGAUGUGGCCUCAGUCUUUUGAAGGCCAGGUGUAUCCAAGCGCUUGCCACUUCGACUCUUCGCCUUGACUUCUUUCUUUGUGUGUUUAGGUCAGAAAUUAUAUCAAGGAGCAUGGCCCCCGGCAGCGGUCUGCAAGGGAGAACUGGAAGCGAAGCAGCUACAGUUGUGGCAGUGCCAGUGGAGUGAGCGGUGCCAGCGCCAGCAGCAGCAGCGCCAGCAUGGUCAGCUCAGCGAGCAGUAGCGGUUCCAGCAUUGGCAACUCUGGUUCAAACUCCAGCGCUAACAUGAGCCGGGCUCACAGCGACAGCAACUUAUCUGCAAGUGCUGCAGAGCGAAUCAGGGAUUCAAAAGUAAAGCUUCAGAUUCAGAUGGACAUUAAAAAAACCUUAUUAGUAUACUUUGAAUCAUUACAGUUAAAAUGUAAAUGCAUUUACAUGUUGCAAAAGCUCGAUGAAUGUUAUUUUUUGAGGAUUCUGGAGAAAAGGGUAGCCCACCUUUCCUGUAGGUAACUUGCAGCUUAAUGAGCUCUAACGCUCUUUUUAUUUUGCCAUCAGAUUUGAAAGUAUGGAAUAAGAGCUAAAACAGCUUAAACAAACAAGUUCAGUAUUUGUUAGCAUUGUGGACAAUUGAACUUUGAAAGAUUAGCACUUUCAGUAUAGCACCAUCAACUUCAAUUACUCAUAUUAUUUCUUCAGGAAAGCCAUAGGAUACUCCUGACCCCAAAGGGAAACUAGCUGUUAACUUUGGAUUGUAGUCAAAGAAAAUGUCAUUAAGAUUUCUCUUUUUUGUUUUCUUUUUUAAUUUUUAUAUCUAUAUAAUCAAAGGUGAAGGAAAGCAGCCAUUCCCAAGUCGAAUCACGUUUUGAACCAAAGAAAGCAAUGAAUAUGGUCUUAUGUUGUUGUUAAAUUUAUAGCUCCAAAAAAGAAAUUGUUGGUUUUUUUGAUUUAUAUACCACCCUUCCUCCUCAAGAUGCCCAGGGCAGGAAACAGAUAUGCAACUUAAAAAAAGAAAACAAAGCAAAAACAUUCUAAAACAGUUUAAAACAUUAGGAAAUCAGUUACAGUUACAUUAUUCCAUCCCAUCAUUACAGGAUUGCCAGAAACAAAUAUUCUUCAGCCACCAAAUGUCUGGGCAAACAGGAAUGUUUUCAAAUUCCUCCUGAAAAUUAAUAACGGUAGAGACAAAUGUGCCUCACUAGGGAGGCAUUCCAAAGCCAGGGAGCCACCACUGAAAAGGUCCUGUCACCCACCUUGCUAUAAAUCUGCUUUCAUGCAGAUUUCUGUAAAGAGUCCUUUCUCAUUGAACUUUGUGUAGGGAGGACAGAGUUGGCAUAUCUCUGUGGGUGGAGCCUUCCAGCAUCAUCAGAUUAUUGCCAUAUGUAACUGGAUAUUACGAGGCAUGUAGAAGAGGGUUCCUUUCUUCCUCUUCCAUCCCAGUAUCCCAGUAAAAGAUGUUUACCUGAAAAUAUUGGAUUAGUUUUUGGCUGUAAACACAACAUCUGUUUAAAGCACGUCUCCCCACCCUAGUUGGAACUGUGGUUUAGAGCUGUGAUGCUCAGUAUCCUUAACAAACUACAGUUCCCAGAAUUCUUGGGGGAGGGGUGCUUUAAAUGUAUUGUGUGUACGAAGUCCUAGUUAAAUAUGUGUCUUGUUUUACAGUGGUGUGUACAGUUUUGUGUAGAGACUGGGAUUGACUUUGGCCAUUUCCUUUAUUUUGACAGAAACGUUCUAAACAGCGCAAGCUUCAGCAAAAGGCUCUACGCAAGAGACAACUGAAAGAGCAACGGCAGGCUCGAAAGGAGAGACUGAGUGGUUUGUUCCUUAAUGAAGAGGUUCUUUCUUUAAAAGUCACUGAGGACGACCAUGAAAGAGAUGUGGAUGUCUUGAUGUGACAGGGGUGAUUUUUUUAUUUUAUUUUAAAUCAGUGUUCUUUCUAAGCCUUAAGCCUAUUAUAUUGUUUACAUAUAUUUUUACCAAAAUUUGGAUUGGAGCUGGGGCUAGUUAGCCUGUGUCCCUCAUCUAUAGUUUAAAAGCAAAAAAAGGCAUGUGAUAAGAGAUUAAGAGGAUACUUAAAAAGAAAAAGAAACUAAGGCUAAUUUAUUUUGCUUUCAAAUAUCUGUGAGUACUUUACUGAAAAGUUUGCAUUUCAUUUGUAAUUCCGCCUUAACCAGAUAGAUAUAAUAGUUGUUCUUUGGGUAAGAACAUUUCCCCCUCUACCUGCUUUUUGGCCUGAAUGGCUUAAUGUUAUUUUCUUUAAAAAACAAAACAAAAAACUGCAACUCCAUUAAUAGUUACUGGGUGACAUGUUCUCCCAGUGGACGUGGCAGGAUUGCCCUUCUUUCUCCUCCCCCCGUGCCCUCCCCAUCUGCUCUGAAGUAUCCCUCAGUUUUUGCAGAGCAGAUUUUGGGAAUGUUGGGGAGGGCUACAAGGGCAAGUCCUGUUUGCACAAGCAAGACACUACAGUUUGACGUCGCACAUUUUUGUUCCUACUGCAAUCAUAUCAAGGCUUUAAGGCUACACAAAAUCAUUUUUAGAUUUAUUGAAAUAAUUAUUAUUUACUUUUUAUUUUGCCCUAUGCCCAUAGAACUCAGGGCAGUUCACAACAUAAAAUUACAAUAAAAAAAAAUACAUAAUAAAAACAGAAACAAAGAAACCCCAAUAAUCCUCCCAUGGCUUCAUUUAUUGCAGGGACUGGGGAACCUUUUAAGCCAAAUGCACCCCAUGACUAACGUAUACGUGGCCCACAAGGGACUAUUGAACCUGCGUUUCUGCUUGCCAGGGAAUUCAAAACCAGGCAGGCAGAAAGUGCUUGCAAGUGCCUGUCAGGCCAUGAAAUAUGGCUACAUAUAGCUGGGUGGGUCAUUCAUGGUGCGAAGGCCUGAUGUGGUGUUACAAAGCAAUAGGACAAUCUGGUGAAGGAAACUUCUAGAAACAAAUUCACAUUUCCUCCCUCUAGAUGCAUAUGUGUAUAUGUUCCAAAUCACUGUAGUGUCAUGUGCCUUAAAAUUUAUUUGAGACCUUUUCUUUAAAGUGAAGGUUUUGAGGAGAACAUUGCAAAAUUGAAAUUAAGCAGAUAACAUUUUCCUGGUGUUUCAAAAAGAUAAUAAUGUUUAUUUCUCAAAGCCCUGUUCAGCUUUUUUGGGGAAAAAGGCAGCGGUUGAGAGAUUUCCAUCCUGACCUUAUGUUUUUGCAUAAAACCACAUAUUUCUUUAUUCAGUUUCAUGGUUAAAGUGAUCUCAUUUGGUUAAUAUUUAUGAGUGGCUUCAUGACAUUAUUUGCUAUAACAGAGUUAAGUAAGUGCAUUUAAAAGACCCAUUGCACAUCUUCAUUACUACUGCCUCUACAUUUGUUUAGCUUUCAUAGCGUGAAUCUGUGGGAGAUGCACUAAAUUCAGCGUUAUGUGCAUCCUCCGAUACCAGCUAGGAAGCACCUUCUUCCAUUUCCGACUAACCUCUGUUUAUUUCACUUGAAGUGUUUUCGAACUGGUUAGUGUAAGCUACUGUUUGUCUAAAGACGCCAAAUCAAAGGUUGGUUUCUGAUCUUGGCUCUUUUGCAUAAACCAUGGUUAAAAGCAACUGUAGUUCCCAACUCAGGUGAACGUGGCAAACUCUGGUUAGCUUAAAACUGAAGUGGAUGUUACUGAUCUCUGUACGGCCACACAGGAUAAAGAGAUAGAAAUGGGGAGCAGGUUCAUGCAUGUAAUGUUAAGCUGUAGUUUAAUGUUUCUGAAUCACAUCUAACUUUUAGGAACUGAUGAUACUGUGGAUGAAUUUCAAGUAGUUACAAGUGUUGGACAUUCACUAGAUAAAGGGAUUUCUGCUUUAAAAGCGGUUCUUAAUGAUGUGAUACUCCUGGCUCUAAUUCUAAAAAGUUUCUACUAAAGUCUUGUUUCAUUAGGCAAUCACACAUAACACACACACAUACCCCUCCCCCAAAGCAGGAAACAUUUGUUUUGAAGUAGCUCAUAGCUCACAGGUAAAAUAUUUUGGAGUAAAUAGGAUAAGACCACAGCCAAAACUCAUCAUUAUGACAAUUUUUUUGAGUGUUUGAUCUAUUUUGCCUCCCUCCUAGAUCUUGAUUUUUGUAGCUGAAUGGUUGCAUAACACUUUAUAGUUUCCCUUUAAACCCCCACCCCCAUUAAUCUCCAUUCUAUUGAGCACAUAAUUUACUGUGUUUAAGGUGCUUCUCUGUCUAAACUGAACACACUGGUCACUCAGUGAACAUUCAUUUUGAAUUAAACUAGCAUUGUAAGUGAAAAUGGAACUAUAGCUGAGGCCCCACCCCAUUCACACACACUUGUUAUAGAAUGGAAGCAAGUUGGGGGGUCUGCUUGGUAGACUUUUGUCUGGGUCCUAUUUAUCUUGAAUUCUUUACAAGAUGCAUAAAUAAUUUAACUAGUGCAAGUGAGCAAAUACACAAUUCACCUUCUUUGGAAUUGCUGAUCUCACAAAGCUUAGAAGGAGCACUGAAAACUUGAUUGGAAAAAAGUUGUUCUCUUAGCCUAAUAAGAUCUGUUUUACAUCUUGUUCUUGCAUCUGCAUUGGUUUCAUUUUCCGAUAGAAAUGUUUUGACUGAAAUAAAGCAGUGACAUUUGUGUAAGGCAGGAAAUAGGAUGCUAUACCCUGGUUCUGUUCAAAAUGCUCGCUGAAGUUGGCGAUCUCAACAUUUAAGAUGAUCUUGUGGUUCGCAAUAAGUUUUUGUUUUGUUUUUUCUGUAUGUUGGUCAAAGAAAACCAUAGAGAAUUUCUCACACAAAUAUUACAUCAGAUUGUAUAUAUGACUUAAAAACCCCUUAAGGCUGGUGUAGAGCACUUGUAGAAAAUCUUAUAGGACAUUAGCCAAAUUUCUUACUAAUGCUGAAAUAAAAGGACCUGUUAGUGCUCAUAUUUUCCCCACCCCCUUGGCACACCUGCCUUCUAAAUAUUAGCAUGCUGUUGACUUUCUUCCUUUUUGCAAACAGGUUUUCCCAGUAGAUCAGAUUCUCAUCACUUAUCUGGAAACGUUAACUUGUGGGUGACUAGCCUGUGGCCCUCCAUAUGCUGUUGGGCUGCAACUCCGCUGAUCCCUCAGGCUGAUGGGAGGUGAAGUCCAACCACAUCUGGUGGAUGCACAGUUUAGCCACUUCAACAUGUUCUAUCUUGGAUCAGUAGUAUUAUACUCCCUGUGUCUUGCAGAUUAUUUUGGAUUAUUAUUUGUCAUGUUGGCCAAAAUCAGUGCAGCAGGGGGGCAAUUAACAUUAUAACCUGAGCUGUUAUCAGAUCAUGUGCAUCAUACGGGAUCAGAAUGCAUUGGGUGUGUGUGUGAUGGUUUGUGACCGGGGUGGGGUGGGGGGAGAUUAGAGAGAUGCAGGGAGCAUCAAAUAUGUUCAGAAACAUGGUUGAGAGUUGCUUUGUAAGGGCCAAUGGCAUUGGCAUUCUGAGCAUUUGUGCUUCAUAACCAAAGCAAAGAAGAUGUUUACCUUUGGCAAUAUACUUCAGAUGGUCUUAAAUACAAAUAGAUAUAUUAAAUCUGGACUAUUUUCCAGGUUCUCUGCAAAAGUGUAUUGUAUGCUGAAAUGCACAUGUACAUACAACUGUUUGCUGUACAUUCUGUAUCUGCUCACUAUGAUGUUUGUGGAAAACUCUGUUCUUUCUUUAUUUUUUGAUGUUGUGAAGGUUUUUCCCAAUAGGGUACUGUUUUACUUUUCUCCCCCUUAAGCCCUUAAUUGUACUUUAAAUUAGUGGAUAUGAUAGUUUGGAAUAAUAUUAAAAAGAAACAUAAUAAUGC